CAGAUAUGUUCUGUGAUUUUAAUGGCAAGAAGUAUGGUCCAGGAGAGAGCUGGCAUCCCUACUUGGAACCUCAGGGGCUGACGUACUGCAUCCGAUGCACCUGUUUGGAGAAUGUGAAUGUGAGCUGUUACCAAAUCCAGUGCCCAGCCCUGCAUUGCGUAAAGCCUGUCACUGACCCACAGCAGUGCUGCCCUCGCUGUGCAGAGCCGCACACGCCGUCUGGUCUCCGGGCGCCUGUGAAGUCUUGCCAGUACAACGGGACAACCUACCAACCAGGGGAGAUGUUUACCACUAGCGAACUCUUCCCUUCUCGGCAGCCAAAUCAGUGUGUACAGUGCAGCUGCUCCGAAGGCCAGAUUUACUGCGGCUUGGUGACCUGCCCUGAUCUGCUGUGCUCCUCUCCUCUAACUGUGCCAGACUCCUGCUGCCAAGUUUGCCAAGACGGUUCCUAUGAGAAGUCAAUGGACGAGGAGCCCCUGCAGUUAAACAGAGGUGUUAGACACUCUCAAGACCAGUGCUCGGGGGAUCUGGUGAGCAAGAGAUUGCUUGGCGGGACGGCUUCCACUGUGAUCAGUUCCUCGCUGGAGUUCAUUCCCAAGGGCUUCAAGCCAAAAGGAGGCGGAGGUGGCACUACAGUCAAAUUCAUCUUGAAAGAAAAGCACAAGAAAGCUUGCGUUUACAAUGGGAAGACCUACUCUCAUGGAGAAGUGUGGCAUCCCGUCUUCCGACUGUAUGGAGUCCUACCAUGCAUCCUGUGUACCUGCACGGAUGGGAUCCAGGACUGCCAGAAGGUUACGUGUCCCAAGGAAUAUCCUUGUGAAUAUCCUGAGAAAGUAGAAGGGAAAUGUUGUAAAAUAUGUCCAGAUGCCAAAGUCAAGCCCACGGAUGAAAUAAAUACCCCCAGAUGUGCCAAGAAUCCGAACAGGGUAUCGGUCUACAUGUUUGUGCCACCCAGCUCCGAGAGCCCAAAGGAAGACCUGAGAAAAAUUGCAAUCGAGAAAGACUCUUCUGAAGAGGUGGAAAUUUACAGCUGGAAACUGGUAAAAGGAAUAUUUCAUUUGAUACAGAUCAAGAAGAUCAGGAAGCAGGAGUUCAACCCAGAAGCACAGAACUUUAGGCUGAUCACCAGAACAAAUGAAGGUCACUGGAACAACUUCAGAGCCCAAACCUCAGGGCUUAAGAUGACAGAGAGUCCAGAGAAAGAAACAAAGAACUUGUAAAAAAAAACCCAAAACAAAUAUAUAGAGAAAUGAAAAAGUUGCAUUAUUAAAUAAACUCGCACAGCAAUAAAAGGAAAAAAAAGACGGAUGUAAACUAAAAACUCAAGCAAUCAAACCAGCGAUGACAAUAGAUCUGAGUCUGAAACACGGCGACAACCACGGACGUGACGCUCUUUGGAAUGUUCCCAGAGAUGGGUUGGGGGAGCCAACCCCUCGUCUCCUGCUUGUCCACGAUUUCAGGGGGUGCAAGAAAAGGAGGAGAAGACAGGAGGGAUGCGUUGUGAAGAGAGAAACUAUGGGCUCUGGUUCCCAGCUGUUUUGUAUCGCUAAUCAGUAUCAUGGGCUAUCAGUGAACCAGUACAGGAGUCUUGUUGCUUCUACUGUUAUCAUCUUAAAGGAGACCUGCAAAGAGAGAAAAUCGUCAUUGUUUCCUUUGUAUGCAUCGUUGUGAUGUACAAAGCAUUUAAAAUACAAACUAUAUUACUUUAGAAAUAUCAGCGCUUGAAUCUAUUUUAGCCGGAAGACUCCUUGGAGGACUGGAGAACUAGUGAUGUUAUAAUCUGAUCAUGGCAAAUCUCCCAGGGAUGUAGCCUCUUUGCAGACUGACCUAGGCCCUAAUUCAGCCAGGAGUUCAAGUACAAACGUUAAUCCUGUGAGUAGUCCCACUUCCUUCAGUGGAACUAUUCAUGUUCUUAAAGUUAGGUGACAUGCUUCGGGUUCCUGGCUGAAUCAGGGCUCUACAUAGGGAUGACAGAGCGGGAAGAGGAUUUUUAGUUGAACUGUUUACAGAGCUUUAUAUCUCCUUUGAUUUACUUACCGCCUAUUUAACUCAAACUCCUGACAAAGAGGAAGGAGGAAAAACCCUCCUUGUGAAGGAUUUGAACAUCCUUCACCCUCUGUCUUCAACUGAUAGACAAAGAAGCUCCCACUCCAGUUCUCUCGUCCUCGGAGACCUCCAGCGACAAAAUAGAGACGACAAGAUUUGAUAUUCUUGAUAUUUCUAAGGUGGAAAAGGAGCACCUUGUUUUUUGGAAAACACUAAGGGUGAAAAUGGCUAGGCCUCUUUUAUGCACCAUAAAGAAAAAAAUGCAGAACCAAGAGAUUAUUUUUUCUCUUUGCAGGUCACAUACAUUUACUUUUCGAGGCCAUGUGGUGAUGUACAGCUCCAGGCUCUAAAGAUUAUAAACCAUUCAUUACACUGCCCAUGAUAGCGAAGGGCCCAAUUCAUCCCUACUGUAACUGCACCACCGUCAACAGUGUUACAGCAGGGUUGAAUUUGGCCCCAGGUGUGAAUUUCCAACCCCCUAUAUUUUUUCUGUGCUCAUGUUUUUUUACUCUCCCCAUUGAGUAUUGCAACGGGCCUAGUGCUUUCGUUUGGUUUUAUGAACUGUAGGAAAUUCCCUGCAUAGCUGCCCUCCCAGAUAGGCAUUACCUUGGCAAAGCACUGGCUAACACAAGGAUGGGCACCUGAUCCUUCACACAGCUUUUGCUCCAGUAAUCAUACCAGAAUGUUCCCCCACCGCUGGCUAACCAGACACCAUUGUCACUUGUUUAUUGUCCUUUAUGCACCUUUCUCACCCCCCUACUCCUCUCCGAGCACACAGGUGAUACAGUGCAAACCAUACUCUGCUCUCCAUUACACUUGUGUAAAUCCAGAACAAACCUACUGAAAUCAAUGGCGCUACUGCAGAUUUACACCGGUGUGGCUUAGAGGAGAAGCAGGGCCAUCAUCUGUGCAGUGCCUAGACCAGGGGUCUCAAACUCAAAUCACCACGAGGGCCACAUGAGGACUAGUACAUUGGCCCGAG